AUCAAGAUCCAUUAUGGUGCACAGAGUAGCAGUGAUCGGGGCGGGCCCGUCUGGUCUGACCAGCAUGAAGGCUUGUCUGGACGAGGGCAUGGUGCCCACCUGCUUUGAAACCAGUGAUGAUGUGGGUGGUCUGUGGAAGUUCAAGGAAGUGUCAGAGCCCAACAGAGCCAGUAUCUAUCGGUCCCUCACAAUUAAUAUCUCCAAAGAGAUGAUGUGCUACAGCGACUUCCCGAUCCCUGCUGAUUAUCCCAACUACAUGCACCACUCGAAAAUCUUGAAAUACUUCAAGAUGUAUGCAGAACACUUUAAACUGCUGCAACACAUUCGGUUCCAGACUGCAGUGAAGAGUGUCAAACAGAGACCUGACUUCUCUCGCAGUGCUCAGUGGGAGGUUGUGACAGAGAAUAGAGAAGGGCUGGAGGAAAAGCAUGUUUUUGAUGCAGUGAUCUGUUGCUCUGGUCACUACACCUACCCCAACCUGCCGCUCAAAGAUUUUCCAGGAAUUGAGACAUUUGAAGGAAAAUAUCUGCACAGCUGGGACUAUAAGGGCCCUGAGGACAUGCAAGGAAAGAGAGUGGUGGUCAUUGGGAUCGGUAACUCUGGAGGGGACAUCGCCGUGGAGACAAGCAGGGUUGCAGAGCAGGUGUAUAUGAGCACCCGCCGUGGAGCCUGGGUCAUCCGUCAAGUCUCCGACAACGGCCUUCCUGUGGAUAUGAAGUACAACACCCGCUUCGUCCACAUUCUGUUCCAGCUGUUGCCCAUCAACUUCUUCAACUGGUUUGGAGAGAAUAAGCUGAACGCCAUGUAUGACCACUCCAUGUACGCUCUCAAACCUAAACACAGACUUUUCAGUCAGAUCCCAGUGAUCAAUGAUGAUCUGCCACUGAAGAUCCUGUCUGGAUCUGUCGUCAUCAAACCGAAUGUGAAAGAAAUCCGCGGCUCUACCGUGGUGUUUGAAGAUGGCAGCAAGGUGGAAAAGGUGGAUGUCAUUGUAUUCGCCACAGGAUACAACUAUGAUUUUCCCUACUUGCCCAGUAAUGCAAUGUACAAGUCUGGGCAUCGCGUGGCUUUGUACAAACACGUGUUUCCUCCAAACAUUGAGCAUCCCACUCUGGCUGUGGUUGGCUUCAUUCAUGGUCUCGGAGCCAUCAUGCCCCAGGCUGAAAUGCAGGCCCGAUGGGUCACACGUGUGUUCAAAGGACUGAGUAAGUUGCCCUCAAACCCGGCCAUGAUCAAGGCUGUUGAAAAUGAUACCAAGGACAUCGAAAAAAACUACAUCGUGUCAAAGCUGACACCCCUGCAGGUCGACUUCGUUUCCUACAUGGACGAACUCGCUGGAGCGAUUGGAGUGCGGCCAAGUCUGCUCUGGCUCUUCUUCACAGACUACGCUCUGUUUAAGAAGGUCCUCUGGGGGCCUGUCACAGCCUACCAGUACCGCUUGAUGGGACCAGGGAAAUGGGCGGGGGCUCGCCAGGCAAUCUUCACCCAGUUUGAACGCAUGAAUCAGCCCCUGAAAACCAGACAGCUGCCGGAGCAAGAGACCUCCGUCGCCGGCCGUCUGGUGAAGAUGGGCCUUACUGUCCUGGCUGGAGGCAGUGCGGCCUACUACUUCCAUACUCGCCACCCAGACACCAUCAUCUCCCUGCUUUCUACCCUGCAUACAAAAGUAGUGUGAACACAGAAGACAACUCUGAAACAAAGAUAGAGCCAUCCCUUCUUUGAAGACCCUUCAUAAAAUAGUUUUUGCUGUAUUUCUCUUUGGGUUGUUAUGAUGGAAGUUGUUUUUAACCCUUUUCUCUGGGCUUCUGGGAUCUUUAUUGCAUCUUAGAAUUCAGUCUGUUUGUUUGAUCGGCAACUGUUCUCAAGAUAAGUUGAACUUGCAGCUAUUUUUCUAGUAAUAUUUCAUAGAAAAUGUUAAAUCUCCUGAUGUAAGUAUUGUCAUACGCUCAGCAGAGUAAUGGCUACUUCAAUAUGUGGUUAUUGUUUUCAUUUACCUCCACAACAUUCAUUCAUAUGAACU